AGAGAGAAGUUGAUUCGUGAAGUGGUUUACAAAACAUUCGCUAAUGUUCGUCGCAUUUGUUCAAAGAAAAACUUCGUAGUACUCACUAUAUUGGCAAAUUAUUCCGAAAUUGUUCAAAUAAUUGUAGUGAAAAAGUGAAGCUAGUGGCAUGGAAAACUCAUUCCUCAACAUGGCACACGUCCAUGGUCGAAGGGCGGAACAUCACACAAAGCAUCGACGUUUUGACGAGGCCAUCGAAAACCAUCGCAAAGCAGCGUCCUUUAUUGAGGAAGCGCUGAAGAUUGCUCCUCAAUCCGCUGUUGUCAUCGAGUCGCUCCAGCUGCAGCGCAAGUAUCACAUGAAACAGAUUGAAUUCGUUCGCCACCGGAAGCAACAGUACGAAAGGUACAUCAAGGCAGUGGAAUAUCAGCGCAAGAGGAAUCCGGAAUUUCUGGCCAAGCAGCUGGAAAAGAUUGAAAAGUAUAACGAGCUCCAGGUGGCUAUCUACCAGAACUUGGAAGAUACCGGAAGCAUACUGGAAACGAUGACCGGAAGUAGUGGAACUGAUCGGAACAAUCCCGUCGUGGACGAUUUGAUAUCGUUGAACCAUUCCUUGCACAUUCUGGUCCACCGAAUGACGCAGAAUAUCGACGAAUAUGCCGUGGAAAAUGAAACGCUGAAGGAGAAGCUGAGCGUCUUCGAGAGGGAACCCGGAGAACGGGCCAAGACUGCCGCCACCGGAAAGGGAUCGGAGCAAGGAAAGGGUGAAUCGCGAUUCCUAUCUGGUUUAGAAACCGGGCGGGAUGCUUUGGAGGCGAUCGACUUUCACCGGGAAGAAUUGCCGGCCUUGGCUCCGCUAGAGUUGCCCACGUUUGACUUGCCGGACUUUGAGAACAACUGAAGCUUUAAUGUAAUUUAUUGCUUUGACUGAA